CUUACAUAAUCCAUCCUGUAGUCGAGGUCUGCUUGUUUCACUCCCAACAUUGUACUCCCUACAGUAAAACGAUAACCCGGCGUCAUGAGUAAUACUGUCACAACGGGCAUACUGCUCACGAGCACGGAGUCAUGAAUUCUGUCUGUUGGGUUCCAGAUGCCUAGCUUUUCUGACGGGACCAGCGACCAUUGGCUCAGAGGAUAGAGAGGAAAUUGCAAAUCAUCACUAUCAAGCGUGGCGGAAGGAUGGUUCAGGAGUGAAAUCUACCCAGUGGCGCCACUCCGUCCGCAUUCUAGGCUUCAACCCUUCGCUGUGUGCCUCUUCUUGCGUGCCUUGGUGACAACCUCUGCAAUCUAACGAUCAAGGACACAUGCUCUUGCAGAAGGCCUUGGGUGAUCUCGACAGCCGCAAAUAUUUGUCGAUAGGACGAGUAGUUCUGGUUGGCCAUGCCACCAAGGGGAGGAUCAGGGACUGCUCGCAGAGCGGAUCCAGUUGAUCGUCCGGAUGAUGGAAUUGACGAAGACGAGCAGGAAACACCCACCUCAUCAGCUGCCGGUGGACUUUUGUUCAUCGCCGACACAGGGCAGAAGGGCCAAUCUCGGAAGAAGCAAGACUUGAAGACUUUGCGUGCUCAUGUGAUGCACAAUUACCUCGUGAAGAGCCAUGCGGAACAACAGGAUCCACAAUCGAGAGCGACCUGGGCAGUGGUGCCGUCAAGCAAGAAUCAGAGCGUUCGGGCCAGUUCAACGGUGAUUGGCGGCCAAAAGAUGAGAUUCAGGUUGAAAUCAGAUGGAUUGGAACAGCGAUACCCAUACCGACAUCCGAACGACAAGAGAAAGGACAAAUCUCGGAAUGAGAAUGCAGACACGAAUGUCCCAGCCACCCAGGCGUCGAGCGGAGAAAGUUCUACAGCGCUUUACGUACCAGGGUACCCUCUGACACUCCUCGAGCCGCAAGCUAUCGACCCCUUUGGCACACUAGCCGUCGAGCUGAACACCAAGGACGAAAUCUUCCUCCACAGAUUCUAUAAGCUGGAUAGGUAUCCAUGGUGUCCGAUCAACGGGCAGAGUGACUGGUCCAUCUUCGCAGUGUCUGACCAACUCGUGUUCCACGCGACGAUGUUUAGCUGGGGAAUGCAUUUACGACAUCGCACUCCUGCACCGAAGCACGAUGAAGAGAUGCAGGUGAUCCAGCACAAAUUGGCUGCAAUCUCGUUGAUCAAUAGUCGCCUUUCGGACCCGGAGGCAGCAACAAGCGAUGCCACCAUUGCGGCAGUUGCUGCUCUUACCAACAUUGCCCUUGUGAUCGAUUCGUACCCGGAAGCGAGCAAACAUAUGCGAGGCCUGGAGGCUAUCGUCAAAAUGCGUGGCGGGCUGUCGACUCUGGGAUCUGGCGUCCAGCUACAUCUGCAACGGCUCAUCAGUUGGAAUGAUCUGAUCUAUUCGGAGGUGUUCGACGAGAAGUUGAGGUUUUCUCCCAUCGAGGUCUGGGAUGAAGCAUGGGGCACCUUUCAGCAGCCAGAUGAGUCCACAUCAUUGCCCGGGUUGAGUUAUACUGAGUUGAGAGCUGCACGGGUGCCUCGUCACGAAGUCUUGGAAUUGUUAGGAGAUAUCCAAGGGCUGUGUCGUCUGGAGCAAACAAGUCCUCUAUUGCAAACUGACGAGCAAGGGCGAAUGAGACGUGGCGACAUGUUCCAUCGGAUCGAGAGACGAUUGCGACUUAUUGUGCAAGCAGACACGGCGCCUGGCAAGAAUCGAUGGGACGCUACCGUCUGGAGAGCUGUGUCUCUGACAGCUUUGGUCUUCACUCAUCAUCACUUGAGGGGCAAUCCCCUCAAAUACCGACAUUUUCCGGUGCUGUCUAUGCAGCUGCAUGACACCUUACUGACCAUGAGUGAGGAUCUAUCUGAGUUCGCUUUCGCACCAAUAUUGUUACUCUGGGUGCUCAGCACUGGUGCGAUUGUCAGUAGCAACGUAGAGGCCGUUCAUCAGUCAUUCGUGACGAUGCUAUCAAGAGCAUGCGUGAGGUACGGACUGGUCGAAGGGGAUCAGUUCCUGUGGAACAUGUCUGGGUUCCUAUGGAUAGGCGAAGCGGAUGAGAAGAGGUAUUCCGAAUUGUGGCAGGAGAUGGAACGGUCAAUGCGGCAGGGAGGUAUAUAGAAAUAGGGACGGGUGGUGACAGAUAGUUUGUAGUUGAGAGUCAUGAUGCACUUCACAUAGUGACUUGUAUUCG